AUGCAUCUAGCGGCUUAUCUCACGUCAAUUUUUAUGCUUCUUUCCGCAGCUCUGGCCGUCCUGGUGUCGAAACGGUUUUUCAGACCUUCAUCCCAAGUAUUUUCGAUAAUCGCCCAUCAUGAGGGAGAAGUAUUUCAUUCUCAUCUCUUGAAAUGGGAUGGCUCAGACCUUCUUCUUAAUACCGACACAAACGCUUUUUUUGGGCGUGUUCGUGCCUCUCAAGGCUACAUUCUCAACCUUCCAAAAUAUGAAGGUCUGGUUAACGGUACUCAAAAAGCUGCCAAUACUGUCAACGUUCACGUGGACCCAAAGACGUAUAAACUAACUACUUCGAACGAUCCGGACGAAGCCACCCACGGGUUUGGUAUCACAGACCAGAAGUUGACCUUCAAGAAUUCAACAGAUUUCUUAGCUUGUCCUGACUGGUCAUACAGAAGUCAGUACCAUGUAUAUUGGGGAAACAAUAACAUGACAAAAUGCCCACAUAAUGCGACAGGCUACCACGUGGAAAUGAUUGUCCAGACUGAUGCGUACACAAAUUAUAAUCCAUCAAGCAACAGGCGAAUUCCAGCUGUCUCAAACUCAAGUAACAGCACAACAACCCCAAACUACAUGUAUGAGGAAUCUGCUAAGAAGAGAUUCCUUUGGUUCUAG